AUGUUACCGACGUCGACCGCGACCUCCAGACGAACCAAGACCAUCAACACAACCAACAACCCAGAGUGGAACGAGAGCUUCAGCUUCAGGGUCCCCAAGAAGACCAAGAACAUCUUGGAGAUCCGAGUCCUGGAUGAGGACCUGUUGUCCAGAGAUGACCUGGUGUCCAUGGUGCUGUUGGACCUGGACACUCUGGAGAUGGACUCAAACAUCAGAAGAACCUUCAGCCUGAGCCCUGAGGUGUGGGGGGGGGGCGGAGCCAGCAGAGGGGUGUGGUUGAGGGAUUUCUCACAGCCGCCCCCAAAACGGCAGUUUUGUUCCAGAAUCCCUCAAACCUCGUCCUUGACUUCUGGGAGGGGUAUAAGGCGGGAAACGGGUCGCAGGUAG